AUGGCUCCCUCUUCCGCCCGCCAAAGGGGCGGGGAGUCCCGGAUGCCCCUGGUGCUACUCUUGUGGGCCAUCAUCGGUUUUGGCCUCUGUCCUCUGACUAACAGCCAGUCUAGCUCUACAACGGUCACGCAGACCACGCCAUCCGUCGCUCAGUCCACUGUCGCACCACGCACCCCAAAGCCCUCUCCGCUUUUGCCUACUGUCACUACGACUCAGGGCAAUGCCAGUCUCUUGCCCGCUUUUGCCGGGGACGACCCAAGCUUUUGGGAGGAGUAUCGCUGGUAUCUCAUCGCCGCUGCUGCCGGACUUGUUGUCUUUGUUGUCGCCGCCUUUCUCCUCCGCCGCCUCUGCUGCCGUGGUCGCUGCUGUCGCCGUAGCCACAAGCGCACAACGCUCAAGGGCUUUGACACGUCCCCUGAUGCGGCCGCCGUCAUUGAAAUGACUGAAACCCGCAACCUCCGUGCCACCCCACCACCUGCUACCGAGCCACCCAAGCCUACUAUUCUUCACACCAAUCUCGAUAUGGCUGUCCCAAACACCGCACCCGCCCCUCCCGUACCGAGCACACCCAGCACAACCGCGACGGGCUUGAUCGAUCCAUAUGCCCCCGCCCAUCUUCAUGGCUACCGCCGACCCCACGCCUCCCUUGAGGAACUUCAGGUUCUCGAAACGCUUGAUGUGGGCCAAUUUGGAGAGACAAAGCGAGCCCUGUUUUCGCAAUAUGCCCAUCAAGCUUCCCCCAAAGCCGUCAUGGUCACGCUGCCCGCUCACAACAACAGCCGCCAUGGCCGGCGCAAAGAGGAUACGCGACUCAAACUCCUUCAAGACGCGUGGAUACGCAGCCAGUUUCGCCAUCCCAAGAUCAUUGGGCUCAUAGGCCUGGUCCUAGAUGAAGGAGCUGGUCCCGUUCCUUGGCUCGUCCGAGAGCAUGCCUCAGCGGGCAAACUCGACAAGUAUUUGCGUAAACAUGCCCCAAGCCCCGACGUGUUGCUGGGAUUCUGUCGCGAUAUUGCCGAGGGUGUCAAUUACCUGGCCUGCUGCGACUUUGUCCUUGGUGAUUUGACCGCCCAAGCGAUCGUUGUGGACAAACAUGGCAUCUGCAAGGUUGCCGAGCUCGGCUUGGCACGUGAUGUAGCCGAUGCAACCAACUCUGCCACCAACGUCCGCAUUCGCUGGGGUGCUCUGGAAGCCCUCCCCGACCCCGCAACGAUUGCUACCUUGACCUGGCGUCGCUCGGGGGAUUCUGGUGUCGAGAUGACGGCGGAAAUCUUGGCACAAAUGGCCUCGAUGGGACACACUCCGGGUCGUUUCAGUCGCCAUAGCGAUGCCUGGGCCUUGGGUAUCGUCUUGUGGGAGGUCUGGAGUCACGGCCAGCUUCCCUAUCCCGACCUUACCGAUCACAAGGUGGCCUUGGCCGUUCAUGCCGGUUACCGCCUGCCGGCACCAGCACCCUGCCCUCUGGCCGUCUACCGCCUCAUGCACGCAUGCUGGCAACCUGAUGUAGCAGUCCGUUGCUCGGCUGCAGACGUGCUUCAAGGCUUGCAGAGCGUGGACCUUGCACAGACGGCCGCUGUGCGCGCCCUUCGCCCAGAGUUUCGUGCCUUGAAGACACAGCAUGUGACGGACCCAGAGGCUCUGACUACGCUUUUGCAAUCCGGACCCAUGGAUCCGGCACAGCUGCCCGUGGCGGGCGCCGUCUCUGGCUCGCGCAAUGUUUCAGUCUCCAAUCAGUCCGACUCGGCUGUAGAUUCUACAGGACUGGACCACCCUGCCAAUCCAGAAACAACCCGCACCGAACUGAGUAAGAGCGCCCCACGUCGCCUAGCCCCGACCAGUUCGGGCUCAGCGGCGCUAGGCAAUGCUGCCCGACGCAACAUGACCCGCCCAGCCUUUACCGGCAUAUUUCACCAAGGCCAACUGGCAACUCAAAACGUGGGUCGCCCUUCAGCUUUGGCGCGCAGUCUUCAUCACCUGCCCAUUGCGCGCGAAGCCGAUGACCCGUACAUUGAUGUGGUGCCCGUCGAUUCUUUGGGGCUAGCAAAGACCUUUCCUCGUCUACGCGCUCCUGUCACGGGGGCUGGAGCUGCUGGCAGUCAACCCGAGACAGAUGAGGAUGUCAAUGCAUACAUUCAACAGCUUGACGUCCGCCUUGCCUUGGAGGCGCUGCGCGACAACAGCCCUUCCUACGCGUCGAUGCAAGCCCACAGGAACGAGCAGGGCACGGCCACCAAUGCUACCCGAACCGUGACCACAGACUUUGACCCCACCGUGAGGGAGGAAGAUCCAUUUCAGGGCUUGAGUCCAGAUGACUUUGAGGUGCAGCGCCGGCCUACAUCGGCAUCGUGGCCUCAUCACGGCAAACCAAAUGAAACGAUUGGUUUGGAUGGCGAUGGCACGCCGUCUGUUGAGCCCCACCAAGUUGCGGAUCAAAAUCCCAAACCCACGGCCAUGGCUCUGGCAUUGAAGGGUGCACAUGGUGACUCAGUUAAACCCCCCGCCCCCGUGAGCCCGAGCGAUACGCUACCUGAGAUUACCGUGCAGUCUCUGCGGCCAAUGUCGGGCACCUGGUCACACCGCAGCCCGCAUUCGGCGCGCAGCAACAGUCUUUUGCGCUUACAGCAAGCCCCAAUGGACAAUGUGGUGGCUGCUUGGCACGAAGCACCCGUUGUGUUGUCACCCGGUGCUCGGCGCCGCUCAGCGUCGACCGAAGAGGCCCUGCGCGAUGCUCCGCCCGUCGACGCCUUCUCCGCUGCCCCAGAACUAGACACCCAGCCUUUGCCCGCACCACGAUUGGAGGACAGUGAAACAGAUCCCGUGGCCAGCAACCCUGCCACCACCGCUGCUGACCCUGCUCUGACGGUCAUCGCCAUGCCUGUGCGGACAAGCUCACCACUGUUCACGCGCAAACAUGCAGCAGUGGCUGCUGAAGUUGAUGCCUCGCCGAUUGCGGCUACCCUAGAACGGCGUCGCUUCUGGCAGCUCAGCAAGUCGCGCGUGCAGACAAUUGCCGACUCCUCCGCAGCCUCACCUUCCCCCGCGUCCGGCGCCUCCUCACGCAAUUCCACCCUGCGUCGAGUCAUGUCACAACGCAACUCAUUAGUAUCGGAACAGGAACUACAAGAGCUGGAGCUGGCCGCCCCGGGUACUGAGGUUCAAGCCUUUCACGCACGCCAACGCCGCCUUGUGACCAAGCAAACGAGCGUUGAUUCCGAAGAUCGGCUUAUCUUGCCCAGCGAUAUCAACCGAGCUCGUCUAACCGAUGGAGGGGUGUUUGUGCCCAGCCCUGAGCGCCUUCAUUCAACCUCAUCACGCUCACGCGGCAGCAAGCCGGACAUCAACCCUCCUCCACCUGGCUUUGUGCCCGAGCCUUAG